CCACAGAAGGAAGUGAAUUAUCUCACUCAGCCUGAGUAAAUGUGCGACAUUUAUCCGCUGUGUCUAACUAAAACAAGACAUAAACGGAUUUAAUCGCCAGAGCAUGUAUUUUUUUGAAUAUGAAUCAACAUUUGAGUGGAGUUUGAGCAAAGUUUCUGGAUAUUUCUCGUCUGAUUUGGCUCAUGUUAGCCAGGAGUGCUAAAUGACGUUAGCCUAGCCUAGCUGGACCUGGGCAGUCACGUUAGGUUUUAACAGAGAGGAGUUGUUUUGGAUUUAUCUAAACAUGUCUAAAGUCAAAAUGUUAAGAAGUGCUGUCAACCAGCGAUUGACUGCGGCUGUCGAUGAGAUAUUGGAGCUGUUUGAGAGGACGGCAACCCAGUACGAGGAGCAAAUAAGUCGAUUAAAAGGGGAAAACGAGCGUCAACAGAAACUUCUAGAUGCUGUUUUCAUUCCUGAGGUCCAGUUACACAGAGAAGAUGUCCAGCUGCAGUUGGUAAGAAAAGAUAUUUCCCCUCACCAACCAGAUUGGAGCCACAGUGUGGAUAAAGAAAAUCCAUCAGAACCAGUGGACAUUAAAGAGGAACAGGAGGAACCGUGGAUCAGUCAGGAGAGAGAGCAGCUUCAAGGAUUAGAGGAGGAUGAAGUCAACACUCUCACAUUCAGUCCUGUCCUUGAGGAGGAAGCUCAGUCUUCACAGCUUGAUGAACACCAAAGUGAAGGGAACAGAGACACAGAGCAUUUGAAAACAGAGGCUGAUGGAGAGGACUGUGGAGGAUCAGAACUGGAUGGAGACUUUGACCCAGACAGUCAUUUACAGCCAGUUUCUCCUGACAAGAUUUCUCUCUCCUCUAAAUGUGAGAAUGAGGGCUUUGGUUAUGAUUUGAAGGAAAUCAGUGAACCUCUGUCAAGUUUAAUCCCUCUACAAAACGACACACUACCUGUUUUUAAUACAGAGUGUAAAGCUGAAAAGACACCUGUGAGCUCCUCUGAUUGUGCUCCAAGUUUUGAACAAAAGAAGCAACCCCAGGACACAGAAACAAGCAGACCGUUUGGUUGUUCAGUUUGUGGUCGAAGAUACUCAAAUAAGAACUGUUUAUCAGCUCACAUGAUCCGUCACUCAGAGAGAAAUCGUUUCAGCUGCUCACUGUGUAAGAAAAGUUUUCCAUGGAGAGGAGAGCUUUUGAGACAUAUGAAAACCCACAUGAGAAGGAAACUCUACAUAUCAUCUGUCCAUGGUUCAAGGUUUCAAGAAAAGUCACAUCAAACAAAUGUCCAAGCUCCACCCGAUGAACCGAUGGUUAACUGUUCGAUCUGUAACGCAGGUUUCCCUUGCAGAUCUCAGCUGGAUAUACACAUGAGAACCCAUACUGGAGAGAGACCCUAUCAUUGUUCAGUUUGUGGAAGGACAUUCACUCAAAAAGGAAAUCUGAAACGCCACUCCACUGUCCAUACAGGAGAAAAACCCUUUAGCUGUGUGGUCUGUGGGAAAAGAUUUUCAUCAAAACAAGACAUAAAACGCCACCUGACUGUCCACACGGCACAGAAACAGUUCAGCUGCAGUGUUUGCGAUAAAAGAUUCACUUGGCUUCAAAGUCUGAAGAGACACAUUUGUCCAGGAUAUUGCUUGUCUUAAUAUGUGGUGAGACAAUAACAGUCACAUUUUUUUUAAGUUAUGUACUGUUGAAAAUUAGUGGGAAUGUAUGAUCUUGCAGCACUUGAUGGGAUUUUUUUAAGGGUUAUACAGAAGACGCAGCAUUUUGGUGAGCUAAAAAAGCAUUAUUAGGCUCAAGCAUCGUUAUUUUGAUAGAAGUCAAAUAACAUUUAAACAUAUCUGGUUUACUCAGGUUCAUCAAAAAUAAUCAAUUUAAAAAGCACUACAGUUUUUUUCCGUGUCUUCAUGCGGAUGGGCCUUACUUAGAGGGUGUUCUUACUUUACUGUCUUUAUCUUCAUAGUGUUUUCAUCUGUUAACUCGUAGUUUUCAUGUAUGGAAAUACCUUCUGCCAGUGAAGGAAAGCUUCCCUCUGCAGCACACUAAGGCUAAACAUAUACUGAACAUUUCUGGUCUAACUUCCCCUGAACAAUCAGAGCAGUGGGGCUCAGUUCAAGGCUUGUUGCAACUGGUAAUUUGUUCAAAAACUUGUCAGAUGUGUGGUGUUUAUGUUACAGUUAUCCUGCUCCUCAUUUAUAGGGAUGGAGGCAUAAACCCGGGUCCAUAAAACCCUGUUUGGCAUUGUUCAAAAUCCCAAAACUCGAUCACGUUUUAGCCUAAGGCCAGCUCAGACUGGAUGAAAUCAACCAGAUUUGGGCCUGAUUGCAACGGUGCAGCACAUUGUCAAAUGCCGAGCCUGAAUUUGAGCAUCGAGAACGACAAACACCCCUGUAUUGUGACAUGAUCAAUGACAUCAAAGAUGCCCCAAUACCAUGAUUCAACAAGACUUGUCAGAAUUCAUCUUGCAUCAUCAUUUAGUUUGACACCCUUACGUCAACAAUGUGUAUCCAGACCAACAGGAGAGUAUUUUCUCCCCAUCUUUGUUUUAUUAUUUAACAGACUGACAUUAUACAAGUCCCCACUUCACUCCCUCAGGGCAUUUAUGUGUACAUACAGUGAAGCUGUACGUAUUGGCAAGGUUAACGGGGCUAUUUUUCUUGACAUGAAAAGGUCAUAAUUGUAGUUGUUUCUUGUUUGUUGUUUUCUUUUCAGUGCAAAGGAAAAGUGGCAUUACAUGGAGCUCUUCUGUUGUAGUUCUGAUUCACUCCCUUUGACCCGCCUCCCUGACGUCUUGUGAACUUGCAUUCAGUCGCAGAGAUGGUGGUGACAUCAGCGUACAAUGAGAAGUCAGAUCAGCCUUGUAGUGUUGCCAGGCUAUCAACCAAGAUGUCACAAGAUUUAAGUUGUGUUGUCUGACAUGGUGCCAAGGUGAAAGGCCAUAAAAAUCAUGUAGUCUGAGCCGGCCUUUAGACUGCUAUAUUAGUCUCACAGGCUGUGACUUAAGGUUAUUUUUUGAUGUUUCUGGUGUAAAAACAUACAUCAGUUUUUGCAAGGGCAACAGAAGCUAAAAGCACAUCAAUAUUGUGCAUCAAAUCAAACCAAAAUGUGGUACCUUCAACUUUUGGCAUGACGAAAAAAGGACAAUCGAUUACUGUCAAUCAGAGCUCUUCUUAACCCUACUCUUUGAGCCAGAAUCUCCCUGAUCUUGCAUAGUAAUUAUCAAACAUGUUAAAAGUUUGACUCAAAAUCAGGCUGCCUCCACAAUAACUAAUAAGAGCAAGUAAACUAGGAGGCAGCUAAAUGCUACCUGCAACCUGCAAUGAAAAGAGUGUUUUUGUUAUUUUUUUUCUUAGCAAUCAGUGUCAUUAUUUAAUCAAAAGCAACUUAGUGAAUUGGUCAACAGACUGAAAUUUGUGUCAGACGGAGCAGGGGUCCCCUGCUCCUCCCUCAGAAAUGUCCAGAUGGUAUAGUCCAUCGCUGCGAAAUAAUGCAAGUAAAUUUAAUUCAAACACUGUAAAAAUAUUGCUCAUAAAUCCAGAAAUUAUGGUUAAAAAAUAAGUUUAAAUGCAUAGGUAUUUGUAAAAAUGACGCAACAUUUGUUGCAUGGCUAGCUGGUCAAGGGGUGUUCUGUCUAAUAUUCUUUCUGGGGGCCUAAAAUCCCUAUCUACGCCCCUGGUUACAAGCAACAAAAGCUUGGGCUGCAAAGUGUACAAGCCAAUACCGUCAUCUCAGCCAGGAUUUAAUCCAUGUUUUUUUUUCUUUUGCAAAACAGAACACAUGCCAGAUGUCCUCCAUGUUUGUUUUUCUUCUUUAAUCACUCAGAUUACUGUCAGAUCUUGUGUCUCUGGAUUCACCACUACAAAUGGCUGCUGUGCAAUCACACUUUGUUUUACUGUAUUGAUAACUUAAAGUUACACAAAUUAAUAAGGUUUGAACACUCAAAUACUGAAACUACUGUAGAAAUCUAAACCCUACUCCAACUAAACCAAUUAUCACUUUAACCAGAAAAAAUAACUCAAAGGGUAGGAAGGUUUACUCGAGUUCCCACUGUUUGCAUGAAAAUGCUGUAAGGGUGUUUAAAAUGUACACAUGCGGAGUGAGAAGGUUUGCUUUUUUUGCAUGAACUAAGUCUUCUUAUUCAUUGCAGUAAGAUCAGACUUUAGCAGUGUGUUUAUUGCUAAAACUGAGAUUUAUUAAACACUGUACAGGCUUCAGAUCUACCUCUUCUUUAAUGUUCCAUAAGAUUUGACAAGCUCAGUUGGCUUCCCACAUCCUGUGUAAUUCAACUUUUCUCCCUGUUUUUUGUUAAUAUUAAGCCAAGCAAUUGCAUGUUAAUCUCUAACAUACUUAAUAAGACAUAACCUUCACAUUUGGUUCUGCAAGAAUUAGUCUGUUGAGGAAUAAAAAAAAAAAGAAAUACAAAAAAGGUUGUUUUGACCAAUGCUAGGCCAGCUGUAAGAUAGAGUUUUCAUGUACUCAGAACGUGUUCUUAGGAUAACAGUUAUGAUGCCAGAAUUAUAAAGCAUCUGUAUAAUGAUGGAAACAGGAACAUUAACAUCUGCUUUAAUACCGUAGCAACAAAAAAGACAUCACAGGCACCCAAUAUUUUUUCUUUUUUUGUUUUCAGUUGCCAAUUAUGACAGGCAAGUUGGUGCCAAUAUGUUUGAGCAAUUCAGGUUGCAUGAGAGUAUCUCACUAUUUUUGAUGUAUCCAAUCCUCUCCUAAGCACCUGAAUUAAAUCUGGUGUUUGUAGAACUUAAGUACUUCUCAAUACUAUAUACAGUAUAAUUGAAAUAUAAGACCUGAGUGUUUUAAAGUAUCAAAAUAUCAGAAAUCUGAUGACCUUGGUUCUAAGUUUUUUUUUUUCACUUUAGCUGUUACACUGUAAACUUAAAAGAACUGUAUCAAUGCUAC